CUGAGCUACGGUGAACCGAUUUCGGUGGAAUGUUUUGACCAGUAUUGCUGUGAAAUGUCAGCGAAUAACAACGAGAAAUUUCGACAGCAAUUUGAAGAUAUCGAGAAGGAUUCAAUGAUGAACGGUGAUCUAGCAAUCGAUGGUCAUCGAUCGAAAGAUCGCUAUCUGAACAUCUACGCUUGCGAACCGACAAGAAUCAAGAUUGCGUCUGGUACUUCCGAUUAUAUCAAUGCAAAUUAUAUUGAUGUGAGUGUUUGA